GUUUUGCCCGUAAAACCGGAAGUGUCAAAUUUGUGAAGAAGCAUGCCGUCAAUCGACGCAGAGCCGAAGGGAUUUAGUUGGGCCGAACAGGUAGAGCAAGGAGAAGAUGGAGUCCUGCCACCUUCUACAGAGACCAUUGAUGAAAACAAAGGCAUCAAAGUAAUCACAGAAUACAAGUACAAUGAAGAUGGUAAAACAGUCAAGAUUAUCAAGACAUACAGGAUUGAAAGAAGAAGAGUCCCAAAAUCAAUUGCGAGAAGAAAGAAUUGGAGGAAGUUUGGAUCAGCAGAAAAGGAUCCACCAGGCCCAAACCCUGCCAAUACUAUAGUACAAGUAGAAGAAAUUCUCAUGCAGUUUGUUCAAAAUGAUGAGGUUAAAGAAGAAAAAGAAGAGGACCCACUUGCUAAACUGAAGGCCCAGAAAAUGGUGUCUUGUCGUAUAUGUAAAGGAGACCAUUGGACUACAAAAUGUCCAUACAAGGACACUUUAGGUCCAAUCCAAGAGAAACUACAGGAUGGAGAUAAACCAGCAGGAGAACAGGGGGCAGCACCAACACCAGCAGUUCCCGGGGCUGCAGCACAGGCUAAACCAGGUGGAAAGUAUGUCCCACCCAGUCUUAGAGAUGGAGCAUCUAAAGGAAAAGGGGAGACAAUGCAGUCUAAAAGAGACGAGUCUGCUACUAUUCGAGUUACUAAUUUAUCGGAGGAUACCAGAGAGUCUGAUUUACAGGAAUUGUUUAGACCAUUUGGUCCUAUACAGAGAAUUUACUUGGCAAAAGAUAAAAAUACAGGACAGUCUAAGGGGUUUGCAUUUAUCAACUUCCACAGAAGAGAGGAUGCAGCUCGGGCCAUCGCUGGUGUGUCUGGAUUUGGAUAUGAUCAUCUUAUUCUUAAUGUUGAAUGGGCAAAACCAUCUGGUACAAAUUAGCCUACAGAGAAUCCAGAUUAACCUGUUGAUUUAGUGCUGAAAUUUGACAAAACAUUGCUUUUCUCAUCAUAGAUUUUAAAUGGUCAAACAAAGUGAAAGAUAUCUUUUCACAAAUAAAAUAAUGAGAAUGAAUAAAAGAUUUAAUUUCUUAA